AAGUCGAGCAUAUGCACAGUAAAUCCAAUGCCAUAACAUGUGCCGGUAGAAAAUAGACCGGGUCUGGUAAGAAGCCUAAGCAUUUAGUUGGAAUUGUCGGCCCGUACGAAUCGCAUAAGUUGCUUUCCCCGAUCGGCCAGAAUACAGGCCAGACCCGCGACACGAAGCAUCGACAGAAGCUCCAGCUGAAGCGGCACUUCAGCCAUCCACCCACUCCAAGGAAAGAACGGAAGGAAGCAGCCAGCGAACGUCUUGCUGCCAGCAGUCCUAGCCCAUCGCCCAUUUCCAUACAGUACCUUCCUAGGCGCGCGUUCGGUACCCGCAUCGAAAAACUCGACGACGUUUUUGAUCAAUGAACAACAGUGUGCCCGUGUCCGUGUGUGCAUUUGUCUGGACAACAAACAGUGGCGGCAGUGAUUUUAGUUGUCAAGCUUUCAGGCCAUCUCGAUUUUGCUACACACUAAUGGGAAACUAAAUCAUGAAGGUUCACAUCUGCUGUUUGGUAAUUGCUAUAAACGUUGUGACCAUCACAGCCGGAACCGUCAAAUUCGAAAAAGAUAAACCCGAACUUGUUUAUGGCUUAACGGACAUUAGCAAGCCGUCCGGGGCUAGCGCACAGUUGCUUUGCAAAACUAAACACGCAAUCGAUGUUUAUUUGAAAAAAGGCGAGACAGUUUUAAAUAGCAAGACCAUAUCCAAGGACUUAAACGACAAUAACGGCGAAGUGACCGUUGAGUUCACCAUUGACUCGUUAUCGCGACAAGACGAGGGAUGGUACAGCUGCGUGGCUAAAAAUUCCGAUAAAAACUUGAUCGAGUCGAGAGGUUACGUUAAAGUGCUGCAAGUCGCUCCGUACUUUGAUGGCGAGCCGGAAAUAAAAAUCGUGGAGAACGACAGCAAGUUUCAAUUAAAACUGGACUGCAAAACGAACGGCGAUCCCAAACCGAUUGUGACCUGGACAGAUCAUGAAGUGUCCUGCCGAACAAACGAGCCCGGCCACUGUUUGCUCGAACUGAAGGAUUUGGCCGAGGACGCCGAAUAUUCAUUCACCUGCAAAGCAUCCAACGAUUUUGGCCAGAUAAAUCGAACUGUUUCGGUCGCCACCAAUCAAUUUAACCAAACAAUUUACGCCGCCAAUGGCAAAUCGGUCAACCUCACUUGUCCUCAAGGAAAUUUCAUCAAAUGGCAUCACCUGGCCGACGACAAAAACCCAGAUCGUCUAGUAUUACAGAAGGGAAAUAUCUCCAAAUACGAAAUAAAAAAUUUCACCGACAAACUGGAAGGCACGUACGCUUGUUCAGUAAACGACACUAUAAUCAAAGUGUUUUCGGUGUACGCUGGUGUUCUGCCCCAUUUUACGAACAAAAAAUUGAUCAAACUGAACGUUAAACCGGCGGGAAGUACUGUGACGUUUAGGUGCAAGGCGGAAGGGAUACCAUCUCCGAAAAUAUCCUGGUAUAAAUAUGAUAACCCAAAAAUCGUCAGAAAACUGGGUAAUUUCAAAGUCGGGAAUUACCAUGCCACCCUCGAGGAUUUAAUUGUAGAUGACAAUGGAAAUUAUACUUGCAAAGUGUGCAACGUUCUGGGUUGCAUAAAUUUCACCUUCGUAUUGGAAGUUAUAGAACGGUACCACAACAAACCCAUUAUAAAAAAAGAACUCGAAAACGUAACCGUGGUAUCAGGUGAAACAGUUAAAUUGCAUUGCCCAGUCAUAUCAGAUCUGCACCCUCACAUUGAGUGGACCUAUUCUAAGUAUAGUGAAGGAAAUUCCUCGGUAAAAACUAAUGAAAAUGCGCAGCGUCCAGAAUAUUUAGAAAUAGUUAAUGUUACUCAUGAACACGAAGGCUGGUACACAUGUCACGCUUCGAAUAGUUUAGGAAACACCCAUAGCGAAGCCUAUUUAUCAGUAGUAGACUCUCUCGAAAUAGAUGAAGAAUCGCCGUUUUACGCGUCAAAAUUCGCAUUCAUAUCGAUUAUGAUAAUAAUAGCAUCAUUUUUCGUGAUCGUAACAACUCUUGUGUUCUACAUAAGCAAAAAACGAGCCAAUAUCGAGAAAUUGGCACUGAAACGAGAAAGAAUCACCAAGAAAAUCAUAAUCGAGAAAAAUAACUCGUUGGAGGAGAAUAUAGCCGGACCUUUGCGAAUGCCGGUGGUAAAAAUAGAAAAACAAAAAACCUUGUCGGCUGUCACAGAGGAAGAUCCAAUGAUAUCGGAGUACGAGUUGCCCACAGACUCCGAUUGGGAAAUUCCAAGGCACAAGUUGAAAUUGGGCAAGAGCCUAGGCGAAGGGGCCUUCGGCAGGGUUGUCAGGGCCGAAGUGACGGAUCCGCCAAAGAACGGCCCCACGAUUGUAGCAGUAAAAAUGCUCAAAGGAAGCCAUUCCGACAGCGAAAUGAUGGAUUUAGUAUCAGAAAUGGAGUUGAUGAAAAUGAUAGGAAAGCACAUAAACAUCAUAAAUUUGUUGGGGUGUUGUACGCAGGGCGGGCCUUUGUACGUGGUCUGCGAGUUCGCGCCCCAUGGCAAUUUAAGGGACUUUUUGAGAAGCCACCGAUCGGCUGGCUACGAAUUGGCCGUCGGAUCCGACGAAAAAGAGAAGGAGACUCUCACGCAAAAGGAUCUUGUCUCUUUUGCCUAUCAGGUUGCCCGCGGUAUGGAGUAUCUCUCUUCCAGAAGGUGUAUUCACAGAGACUUGGCAGCUAGGAACGUUUUGGUUAGCGAUGAUUAUGUUUUGAAAAUAGCAGAUUUCGGAUUAGCUCGCGAUAUUCACUGCAACGAUUACUACAGGAAAACCACAGAUGGCAGGCUACCAGUAAAAUGGAUGGCUCCUGAAGCUCUUUUCCACAGGGUUUACACCACGCAAUCAGACGUCUGGUCAUACGGCAUCCUAUUGUGGGAAAUUAUGACUCUUGGAGGUACUCCUUAUCCAUCGGUUCCAAACGUGGACACGCUGUUCCAGCUGCUGAGGAACGGCAGGCGAAUGGAGAAACCUCCUUGUUGCUCGUUGGAGAUCUACAUGCUGAUGAGAGACUGUUGGAGUUAUUAUCCCACGGAAAGGCCGGAGUUCUCGGAGUUGGUCGAAGACCUGGAUAGAAUUCUGACGAUAACGGCGAACGAGGAGUACUUGGAUUUGGGUCUCCCUCAGCUGGACACGCCGCCUUCAAGUGAGGACGAAGAAUCGAUACAGGACGAAGACUUUCCUCUACCGCAAGUCAGAUAACUAGUCAGGCCACUAUCGUAGCGAGUUAUUUUUUAUUUUCAUACUCCAUUUAAGACAUUGUAAAAAUUGCUAAAUUACCAUGGUUACUUGUAAAUAAACUAAAUUAUUCCUUUGGACAUUGUAAAUAAUUGGUCAUUAUAAAUAUUUAGCUGUAUGUGUUAUUAAGUAUUAUUGUUGUAAGUACUAAUUGCAUUUUGGUGGUAGGGUAGCUGCAAUUAUCUGGCAAAUGUACAAAUACAAAAUAGAUAUAAAUGAAGAGGUUAUUUUAUAUAUCAUAUAAUUAUACUUGAUUAUAACAAAUCUACAGAACUGAUCUCGAUUUUAUCACAUUUAUACAUACGAUGCAUGUAAAAUAACCUAAGCUCAUUCAAUUUUCUUGUUAUAUAUUAAAAGUUUCUUAUUGUGAGCUUAAGCUAUAAAUAUUAUGUGCAAAUAUAUAUACAACCAAAUAUAUAAUAUUGUGACGUGACCCGUAGAUUAAUUAAUUUAAGACUGUAAAUUGUAAUAAUUAAAUUUUUG